CAAAACAAAAACAAAAAGACCAACAUUAUUAGAUCAUUUCAUGAUAGCGGACAAACAGAAUAAUAAUUUGAACAACAUCUUUCAACAGACACAAAAUUUAUCUACACUCCAAACAGUAUAUAACGAUUCGAUUAAUGGAAAUAAAAUCACUUUACAAGUUGAAGCUGUGUCAUUUGAUGAAAUAUCUCGAAAAUUUGCUGCGACUCUUGAACCCAUGUUCGUCAGAUUGACGAACGAGAUAACUUUAUUGCGUCAGGAGGUCAAAUCUCUGCAUAAGGAAGUCAGUGUUAAAACAGGACAGAUAUAUAUAUACAGAAUUGGUCAUCCCACAACAGCCAUUUCAAAAAAACAGCUACAGGAAGAUCCAAAUUUGUUUGCUUCAUUCGAAAUGGAACUCAAAACUGUUGGAAAAAAGCCCAACUUUACCAAAAAUUGUUGGAGAAAAUUAUUGGUCGAUGAACUGGCGGAAAAACUGUGUUGGAAAGGGACGGAGCAAAAAAAAGGUGUUCGCAGCCUAAGUACAUCGAAAUCAAUUAGAAAUGCCGCAAUUUCUAUUGGAAUCGGAGAGGAUGCAUUCGUCCGGACCACAAAGUCUCUCUUCCAAUUUGCCAAAAACCGCCAAGAAAGCAAAGAAAAAUAUAAAUCAAAAAAAAUUAGCUCAACUGUAAUCUCAAAUGAAAUGAAAUAA